GAGACACCUGCACCGCCGUGUUGUGAGCACACACAACCCGCCCUCCAACCGAGAGAGGACGAAAGCCCGGCUGCUACAAGGAUGAAAGGGCUGCCCGUGCUGUCCCUGCUCCUCUGGAUGUGCGCCGUGUACUUCGUGGGCAUCUACCUGUUCGUGGGUGGCUUCCUGCUGGUGAGGCUGGAGGUGAACCGGACCAGCACCUGCGGGGACGUGCUGCAGCCCGGGCAGGAGCCGGUGGACUUCUGCCGCGCCCAGCCUCGCUUCCGCCGGGUUGUGCUACUCAUCAUCGACGCCCUGAAGAUCGACUUCGCCCGGUUUGACCCCAACAACACGGCGCCGCGACCUUACGAGAACAAGCUACCUGUGCUUGAGGAGAAGGUCGCCUCCAGGCCUUUCCAGAGCCGACUGUACUCUUUCCGCGCCGACCCUCCUACCACCACCAUGCAGAGGAUCAAGGGCUUCACGACCGGAUCCCUGCCGACCUUUGUGGAUGUGGGGAAUAACUUUGCAUCUAGUGCCAUUUUGGAGGACAAUCUGAUCCACCAGCUUGGGAGAGAGGGCAAACGGGUGGUGUUUAUGGGCGAUGACACCUGGGAGAAUCUUUUUCCCAAGAAGUUCCACCGCUCUCUGCCCUUCCCUUCUUUCAAUGUGAAAGAUUUGCACACUGUGGAUAACGGGAUCCUGCAGCACCUCUACAACACUAUGACAGGUAAUGACUGGGAUGUCCUGGUUGCUCAUUUCCUCGGGGUGGAUCACUGUGGUCACAGGUUUGGCCCCGACCACCCGGCCAUGGCUGACAAGCUCACACAGAUGGAUGGAGUCAUCAGGUCUGUGAUUGACCGUCUGCAGAAUGACACCCUCUUGGUGGUGAUGGGAGAUCAUGGGAUGACUGACACUGGAGAUCAUGGUGGAGAAAGUCAGAAAGAGACCGACGCUGCUAUCUUCCUCUACAGCCCUUCCCCUGUCUUUGCUGGACCCCCGUCACAGAACGAACCAGACGUGGUGCCGCAGACUGACCUGGUACCAACCCUGGCUCUGCUACUGGGAAUUCCCAUCCCAUACAGCAGCGUGGGGCAGGUUCUGUUGCCUUUAUUCCCUCCACAUGGGCAGACAGAAGGUGCAGUGAGAGGUCUCAGCCAGCUGGAGGCACUGUGGAUCAACGCAAAACAGGUCAACCGUUUCCUGGAGACUUACUCUGGCAUGGCCAAAGACAUCCCACCAGAGAGCCUCUUCCAGCUGAAGGAUGAAUUUGCCCGCCUCUCCGCCGAGUACCUCAGCACGGUUGGAGAGGGUCGGUCACCCGCCCCGCAGCUGGCCUCGUCUCUGCAGGCCUACCUCACCUCUGUCAGGGACACCUGCCGAGCCACAUGGGCCCAAUUCAACCCACUUAAGAUGGCAGCAGGUUUAGCCAUCCUGGCGUUUGCAUGCCUGAUGUGUUUUAUCCUGUCUGAACUGUCCCUGGUGCUGGUCAGGGAGAAUAACGCUGGGCUGAAGGCCCCGGUGGUUGUGGCGCUAACGGCAAGUGUCGGUGUGGCUGCUGCUCAGCUGCUCACACAGGGCUAUGUCGAGGUGGUGUGGUGCCUUGCAGCUGGCGCCUUCAGCUCUGAACUUCUCUUCUUCUGGAGGGCUCGUCGACUCAGUAACCCCGCCGUGUCAAAGAACGGAACAAAAGGUCCGAAGAGUGCCAGCUGGCUGACCCCACGUCGCCUCCUCAUCCCCCCUCUCUUGGUACCCCUCCUUCGCUGUGCCUCCCUGCUCUCAGACAGCUAUGUGAUUGCUGAAGGCCGGGUUGUGACCUUUCUGGUCUUCUCUCUGGCCCUCUACAUUCCCAUCCAUCUCAACUGGGAUGGCCUGCUUCUGCCUCCGAGCCAUGACCCUCUGAAGUCUGCAGGUCUGCUGCCCUCGCCAGCCUUGUCCCCGUCGACUGUGAGGAAAGAAAGCAGCACCCUCCUCACCUGCUUAGGACUCCUUGUUGGCAGCCUCUACCUCUCCCUCUCCUUCCACGGUUGUCGAGAAGAGCAGGGCUCCUGCCAGCCGUCGCCCUUCCUCUCUCCUCUCUCCCGGUUUCAGGACAGCCAGCUCAAGAACAUCCACUAUGUCCUCUCUGUUGUCUCUCUGGGCUUGUGGACGUAUCUACUGAGACGUUGUCUCUGCCACUAUGGUAAUCUCAACUCCUCAGGUGGGACCGUGUUCACGGCUCGCUGGAUCCUGCCACUGCUGUCAGUGUGCCUAGGGCUCCACUGGGCUGUUAGUGCCACUCCAGAAGACAGCUUCAAGAAUUUGACUGAGCUGAUCCGCCUGGCACAGCUGGCCCUCCCCAGGGCUGCCUUCUGUCUCCUGGGACUUGGGCUGUCCCUGAUCUGGCUCGACCCUCUCACUGUGUUUGUGAAGACCAGGGCCGCGGCUUCAGCCAGAAGCUCGUCUCUACCCCCGCCCCGCUACCGGGCGAGCACCGGCAUCAGCCCCCAAGCCGAGCUGCACCAUCUUAUCCCGCAGAUCUACCAGCGCAUGCGUCGCUCCCUAGAUGAUGGAGAGCUGAGUGGAGGCAGUGAGGUGGACAACAGGCCCGCUGUGGAGGCCUACGGACUGGGAACUGUCUACUCUGCCCCUGUGCUGUUGUUCUGCGGCCUGCUGGGAAUUGGUCUGCUGCUGCUGCACCCAGAGGGCAUGGCUCCGUCAUUCCUCCUGCUGUUGCUAGAGAUGGGAGCUCUGCUGCACAUUCACGCCUCCUCCACAAUCCUUAGUGGCCUGCAUGGAGCUUAUUCUGGUGGAUUCAAUGUGCCCUGGUCUCCAGUAGUGCUGUGGUCUCUGGCUGCCACCCAGUUCUUCCAUGCCACAGGCCACCUGCCCACCUUCCCCUCCAUCCAGUGGGGUGCUGCCUUUGUGGGAUUCCCUGAUGGGCACACCGGCACCAUACUGCCUGCCUCACUGGUUACCCUCAACACCUUUGCCUCGCACAUCUUAUUUGCAGUGGGUUGUCCGUUGCUGCUGUUCUGGCCCCUGGUGUGUGAAGUACGUGGGAGCAGAGGAGGACGAGCUUGCGGGGAGGAAGGAGAAGAUGCCGUGAUGGAGAUGAGGCUGAGAGAAAACCCCCAGCUUUUCAGCUCUGCUCUUCUACAACUAUCAACACGCUACCUCUUUAUUCAUGGAGCACAGGUCUUUGCUUCAGUCUGUGCAGCUGCUAUCCUCAGGAGACACCUAAUGGUGUGGAAGGUUUUCGCACCCAAGUUAAUGUUCGAGGCUUCGGGGUUCCUGGUGAGCAGCGUGUUCCUGCUGAUCGGGGUCACGUUGGUGCUGAGAGUAGACGUGGCCGUGAGCCGCUGGUUCAAGAGACUCAUCCCAGAUGCAUCCAGGUAGCGACGGUGCUGCUGCUGCUGCUGCUGCUGCUUUUCCACCGGAGCCCACCAGAGCUCACUGUGCCACAGAGAAAAUGGACAUGGUGUUAACUGUAAAGGAUUUUUCACAAAAAAAACAAAAACAAAAAACAUCACCAUUGGUGAUACGAAUCCCCACAAACACGCCAUGUGAGGUUGCCUCUAACUGUUACUCUUGAGGGCUAUGCUGUGCAUUACUGACACUGAGGGACUUUAGGACAUGUUGGACUGACCGAAUUCUGAGCGUUGGGACUUUUUAUACAGUGUUUUUGAUUAAACCAUCUCACAAAAUCGAUAAAAGCCUUUGAGGUCCAAAGUUGCAUGUGGUUAAAGAGAGAACAGCUGUAUCUGAAUGUUUUUUCCCUAAAUCUGUGUUUUCUAACUUGUGUAUGAAACCUUCCAAGGCAGUCAGUCUUGCGGGUGAUUCAUCUGAGUCAAAAAAAAGCUUCACACAGUUUACACUCUCUACUUGCCUGUCACAGCUGGUUUAAAAACCUCAGCAUUUAAAUAUAUUUGGCCUUCAGUGUUUUCCAUACUAGAAAAUGAGGCCGCCAGUACAUUUAAGUGGCUGAAUCGACAGUGUAAUGUGAUGAGAAGCACCUACGAAAUACAGAAACUUUGAACGGAGGUUCAGUGUCUUUCUGCAGAAUGUGAAUCUGUGGCUGUUGAGCUAAAGCUAAUCUACCACCCAGUGUUUGGAGCUACCUUAUGAUCCUUUUGCAAGCAGGUCUUCUCCAUUCGGUGAAAUCCAUUCAAGUGCAUUACAGCAUGUCUGUCAUGUUUCUGCUGAAGGAACCUUUCAAAACGUUUUUUUUUUUUCUUUUUUUUUGUAGGUUUUGUAUGUCCGAUAUGUUGAAAUAACCAGUUUGUCUGGUUACUGCCAAUUCAUAAUAUUGUCAUUAUUAAUGUUUUUACACAGUUCCGGGUUCUUUAAUUUUUAUAGGGGUUUUGAUUCCUAACUCUAAUGCAUGUUUAUAAUUAAGAUUAGUUUUCAAUCACUGAUGUUUUUUUAAAAUCUCGAAUCAGACUUUAGUUCUAAUUAGAUUUCAUACACCUUUUCCCCAGAACACGUGCCUAGCUUUAACAAAUGCCUUUUUUUGUGCGUGUUUCUUUGUUGUAUGAUGUCAUUAAGUUAACAGGAUCAUUAAAUCCUCCAGAAACACUGUCAGCACAUUUAAUUCUGCUCUUGAGUUAGUGUCCAGUUUAAGAUCUGUUAUGGUACUGCAGCUGCAGUCAGCAGCUAAUCAGCUAAUGCAUGAUAUCGAAAGGGACGUUAAGCCGAGGCUGAAUUAGCUAAAAACGCAAACAGCACUGAAUUCCUCCGGCUGCUGUACGGGAGCGAUAGGUCGUAAAAGACCGACUGCCGCAACGUCGUCAGCCCAAUUGAUGGUUUGGCUUGCUUGAAUGAUGACGGGGCACAUUUGUCUUCAGUUUUAAAAAUGUUUAAUAUAUAAAUAACUGGUUAAUGAAAAAUGAUUUUGCAUUCUGUGAAAACUGUAAUAAAACUUUUCUACUCAA